CUCCGGCUGCCACGUCGGAAGUGCCACGGCAGCCCGCAGGGCGGCGAGGGGGCGGAGCCGGCCUGGCUAGGCCGAACCAGGCCAGGCCAGGCCGGGCGGAGCCCAAUGGCGGGCCAGGUAGGGAGCCUGCGCCCCUCGCCCCCGCCACGCCCCCGCCGUGCCUCUGCCGGGAGGAGACGCCGCCGACGCCGCCCGAGCCACACCGUCUCCUGAGCGCCCGCACGCCCGACGCCGUCUCCGCCGCCUCCGCGCUCGGCUGUCCCGCUCGGCCCCCGCAGGCGCCACCAUGUGCGGUAUCUUUGCUUACCUGAACUACCAUGUUCCCCGGACAAGGCGAGAGAUCUUGGAGACCCUCAUUAAAGGGCUUCAGAGACUUGAGUACAGAGGAUAUGACUCAGCUGGAGUUGGAAUUGAUGGAGGCAAUGAUAAAGACUGGGAGGCCAAUGCCGGCAAGAUUGCACUCAUCAAAAAGAAGGGGAAAGUGAAGGCUUUGGAUGAAGAAGUGAACAAACAACAGGAUAUGGACCUAGACAUUGAGUUUGAUGUGCAUCUUGGAAUUGCCCAUACCAGAUGGGCCACCCAUGGGGAGCCCAAUCCUGUCAACAGCCAUCCACAGCGAUCAGAUAAAAACAACGAAUUUAUUGUUAUCCACAAUGGCAUUAUUACAAACUACAAAGAUCUGAAAAAAUUUUUGGAGAGCAAAGGGUAUGAAUUUGAGUCCGAGACCGAUACAGAAACAAUCGCUAAGCUUGUCAAGUACAUGUAUGACAACCGUGAAAGUGAUGAUAUCAGCUUCACCACGUUGGUGGAAAGGGUCAUCCAACAGCUGGAAGGCGCAUUUGCCCUUGUAUUCAAAAGUGUUCACUAUCCAGGUCAAGCAGUUGGUACGAGAAGGGGGAGUCCCCUGCUCAUCGGAGUGCGAAGUGAGCACAAGCUUUCUACUGACCACAUUCCAAUACUGUACAGAACAGCCACACAACCUAUGGAUCAUUCUUUUGAUGGAAUAUCCAUAAAACUGGAGGAAGGCAAAGACAAGAAGGGAAGUUGCAGCCUCUCCCGUGUGGACAGCACUACUUGCCUCUUUCCUGUUGAAGAGAAAGCUGUGGAGUAUUACUUUGCAUCUGAUGCAAGUGCGGUUAUUGAGCACACCAACAGAGUGAUUUUUCUGGAAGAUGAUGAUGUGGCAGCUGUUGUGGACGGCCGUCUCUCCAUCCAUCGAAUCAAGCGCACAGCUGCUGAUCAUCCGAGCCGUGCUGUCCAGACCCUGCAAAUGGAACUUCAGCAAAUCAUGAAGGGUAACUUCAGUUCAUUCAUGCAAAAGGAAAUUUUCGAGCAACCGGAAUCUGUUGUUAACACCAUGAGAGGAAGAGUCAACUUUGAUGACUACACUGUAAAUCUUGGGGGCUUGAAAGACCACAUUAAGGAGAUCCAAAGGUGCCGGCGGCUCAUCCUUAUCGCUUGCGGGACAAGUUAUCAUGCUGGCGUUGCAACGCGUCAAGUUCUUGAAGAAUUGACUGAAUUGCCCGUCAUGGUUGAAUUAGCCAGUGAUUUCUUAGACAGAAACACUCCAGUCUUCAGAGAUGACGUGUGCUUUUUCAUCAGCCAGUCAGGUGAGACGGCAGACACGCUGAUGGCUCUUCGGUACUGUAAGGAGAGAGGAGCCCUUACUGUAGGAAUCACAAAUACCGUUGGUAGCUCCAUAUCUCGGGAGACAGACUGUGGGGUGCAUAUUAAUGCCGGACCGGAGAUUGGGGUUGCCAGCACAAAGGCUUAUACAAGCCAGCUUGUGUCACUAGUGAUGUUUGCACUUAUGAUGUGCGAUGACAGAAUUUCUAUGCAAGAAAGGCGGAAAGAAAUAAUGCGAGGCCUCAAGCUUUUGCCAGACUUGAUUAAAGAGGUGCUGAGCACGGACGAUGAAAUUCAGAAACUGGCUACAGAGCUUUACCACCAGAAGUCUGUCCUCAUUAUGGGUCGUGGCUAUCACUAUGCAACAUGCCUGGAAGGCGCUCUGAAAAUCAAAGAGAUCACAUAUAUGCACUCGGAAGGCAUUCUGGCUGGUGAGCUGAAGCAUGGGCCCCUUGCCUUGGUUGAUAAACUGAUGCCGGUCAUCAUGAUCAUCAUGAGAGACAACACGUACACCAAGUGCCAGAAUGCUCUGCAGCAAGUGAUGGCGCGGCAGGGGCGGCCGGUUGUGAUUUGCGAUAAGGAAGACAUUGAGACCAUUAAAAACAACAAGCGGACCAUCAAAGUCCCCCACUCCGUGGACUGUCUGCAGGGCAUCCUGAGCGUCAUUCCGUUGCAGCUUCUGGCUUUCCACCUGGCAGUACUCAGGGGCUAUGAUGUUGACUUUCCAAGAAACCUGGCCAAAUCUGUUACAGUUGAGUAGGGUACUCUGUCACUAAUGCUUUGGCAGAUGUCAGCAAGAGACACUCUCUUCUGUACUGUACUCGGAGACAAUGAUUUUAAAAACCUUUCCUUGUUCAAAUCUUAUUCCUAUGUUCAAGAACCUUUAUAAUUCUGUUGCAUUUGUGACUGUUAAAUGUUGGAUCCACAGGCUAUGCCAACUUCAUUGUUAAUGAUCAUUUCAAAGUAUAGUUUUUCUCUUUAAAAAGUAAUCUCCUCAUUUGUUAUCUACCUUGAUUGUUUCCAUAGUGCUAAAUUGUGUCAUUAUCAGGAUAUUCAGGCUUGUAAGAUAUUUCAAGAACAUAAAUGGGAAAUGAGAAUGUAGUUAUGGGAGUCAUAAGAGCAGAGAGCGAGGCCCUUAAGCUACGCUCUGCCACAACCUUUUUCCAUUCCACAGGGAUUUUCGGUCAUCGGCAUACAAGAUCUACGCAGAACUUACCAUUUUGAAGGGGCCUGUAGCAUAAAGGACUUCUGCACCCCGUCUCACGAUAAAGAUGGGCGCAGUUUGCCAAAAUAAGUACCGCAGAAGUGGUCCCUUGGGCACUCAGUUGCCUGCUCAGUUUUGUGUUGAUCCAUCCUUCCUUGUGUGCACAAGCCCCACUUUUUGAGGUCGAUACCACUCCUGUAUCCCUGUCAAAACAUUCUAAAAAUGCAGUGCCUAACGUGGAAAGAGCCCUGUUUGGCUGGCCCUGCAGAGUCCCGAGUGAGGUGAUGGCCCGGUCUUGCAUUCGUCAUUAGUGUGCUAAAGCCAUCAUAAGGCGCAUCACUUAAAUUUGCCAUGUUGAUAUGGAGUAGGCUUCAGUUUCCAAGGCGCCUGUUUUCACAACAUAGUAAUGACAUACCUCACCAUAAAAGGGCUGCAGUCAGAAGAGACAUCUGCAGCGCAUAUUAGAUGGUUGGGUGACCUUUUGAGCCCUGAAGUGGAUUAUGGGUGAGAGAGGAUACAAUUCAGUUCUGUACCAACCAGUUGCCACCAUGAUCUCUGUAGAAUCAGAGCAGUGGUGUUAACUUUAUUUGGAACACAGCUCUUCAGUUAAUGUUCUUACCUCCCCAAAUCUGUCAAUGUGAAUGUGUUCCAAGUAAACUGAUAGAGGUCAGGGUGCCAUUUAGUGCUGAGCUGAAAAGGGGGUGGCGGAGAAGGGUAGUGUAUAUAGUGUACCCUAUAUGUGAAAGUGUUUGCCUGCUGCAGAAAGCAACCAUUACCUUUUGGCAUUUUGGGCAGGGUGUAAGAACAGGGGCAAAAGCGUUUGUGCAAAUGCAUCCUCUGUCGCUGACUGUUUGGGCUGAUCAAACAUAUUUGCAGCACUGAGCUGGCAGUGAAGAUGCCAGAGAGGGCUGCAGGAAGAUGGGGAAUAUUAUUCCAUUUGAGUUGACCACACAAAGACAUGUUCCCCCUCUCUUCUCUAGCUCUGUAUAGGAAAAUAUUUUAGAAAUGAAACAGCCAUUCGUUUUGUCUAGUGUUUUGUUGACAUUUGUGAGAAAAGCCGUGUGAGUCAUAUGAAAGAACAUGCAAUAUAAAAUGAAGACCAAAGAUGAGCUGUCGUGAAGAGCUCCUAGGCCCGACCAAUAUAACAGGGGUGAAAACCAUUGAUGGUGCAACUAUGAAUGGCAAAAUUCCAGAUGGUCCAAAUGAGUAGCCCAGUUCCCUUGUCCUUCACUGAUGGGACAGAGAAGGCAUCAGAGGGCUGUGCGUAGUAUCCAUUGGCGAGGUAGUGGUUUCACUCCUCUAUUUUAACAGUGGAAGAAUCGUGGGUUGCACAGAAGCGAAGGAAAGUGGUGAAGAAGCCAGUUUACAGAGCUAAGUUGAACAACAUUUUGUUCUUGGCAUCCUUUUGUAUCGGAGAAAUAAAUGUCCCGAUAGGGAGGCUUUAGGGACACACUGAUGGGGGCCCUUCCUGAGUUUGUGCAGCAGUGGAGCUAGAAAAGUCUGGCACAUUGCCCCUCCUGCCCUGUCCAUUUAUGGGGACCUGUCUGAUUUAAGGACAGUGGGAUAAGCUCACGACACAUAUCUCUGGUUGGUCGAAAAGCCUUGAAUGUUGAUGCGCUCGCCAUAAAAUGUUACCUGCUAUUCAAAUCAAGGUUUAAAGGAGCCCGUAACUGCAGUUGAACUCUGGAUAGUUGUGAAGUCUUGCAUUGCUAAAAAAAAACAAAAAACCUUGCAAAUGUCUGUGUUAUGUAAUGUCAAGGUGCAGGUUUUCCUUCCAUCUCAAUGGUUGUUGGAUAUGUGUCUGAAGUGCCAGUAAUACUAUCUAAAGGGGAAAGGCCGCUUUUUGUAAAUAUGCAGGGCUAUUGGAGAAGGCUUCGCUCCACUUUUGAUGUGUGCUACUUUACAUAUAUGUAUGCAGGGCAGAACUGAUUGGAAUAUGUGUAGGUUAGCAUGUUGCCUUAUACUGUAGGUGGCUUGAAGUGAUGCUAGCUGAUGUGGGAAGGUCUGUGCUAUCUUCCUGCACCACUCUCUGUGUGGGGUGCUCCCCUUGUGUUGAACACCACAGUUCCAGAAGUCUGCAAGCCUGUUAACAACAGAGUGAACUCAUGUAACUCAACAAUCCACCAGUCUGGUCUUCAGUAAUUGUGGCCAGCAUUGUUAACUCCAAGUUGCCUUGUUUCUUGGCUCUCCUGAAGAAGACGGACAUGGUUGACUGCUGUGUGUGUGUCUAAAACUGGAACAUUUUAGCAAAAUGUUAGCUGUUUCUCUGCUUGUUGUCCUUUUGAAUGUACAUAUACAGUUUAUCAUGGUUUUUGGGGACCACUCUGUGCUGAUUUUGUGCUGUGGGCUCUACAGAGUGUAGACUUUUAACAUUUAGGUUAAUUCUUAGCUUAUUCUUUUGUAUUUUGCUCUUUGAAUAAAAAAAAAAGUGCCCAACUUUA